AGAUGAGCUCUAAGGUCUCAGUAUAGUUACAACGGCUGCCCCGCCUUUCAAACCAAGACGUAUUACGCUUCACGGUAGAAAUACGCAGGGUGCCUACGCGUGCGGACACUGAGACACUGAGAAAAUCCGGCGAGAAACUCAGUGGGCUGUGUCUGUGUGACUAUGGUCCUGGCAUUGUAUAUAUUUAAUAACACAGCUCUUAAUUCUCGAAUGCUAUUCUAUUCAGAUGGAGGCCACAGUGAGAGAUUCUAGAACAAAAGCAAACACGAAAUCGAAAUACAGUUGGUUAAUUUCACGCAAGCCGAACACGUAUUUACAAGGGAGUCAGAAUUUGGAUAAAAUCACGCCGAUCCUACAGAAGUUGACACCGGAGAGCUGCGCCAUGAUAGCUGUCAAAAUUGACAGACUGUCAAAAGAAUCAACGCAUCAGACUUUUGCGGCUUUUGAAAAAUUUGUCACGGAGCAAUACAACAUCCAAAUGUUGUCGGAAAGCAUCGGGCGAGCGAAAGCGACAAAAAAGAAAACGUCGAACAAGAUACAUCCGUAUUCGGGUAGAGAAAGAGAGACAGAGAUAUCUUAUGUGACCUGGUGAAAUAAUUCAUAGAUGUAAUAAUGGUGGAUGUAUUGACGAUGCUCGUGGAAUUAAAUGCACCAUUUGAAUAUUGAAUUUCAUCAUUGAAUAUCAACAAAAAAAAUUAGGGUAGCCUCACA